CAUAAUUUGCGCAGGCCGGCGUAUCCUGUGGAUAUAUAGAUCAGCGCAUCUUCUGUCUCUGUUCGCGGCAGCAGCCCAGAUCUCCUGUUUACCCGCCCCUCUUCUUCUUCAUCCACUACCACAAGCAUAUUAUACAGCGUGGAAUCCUCUGUGUGCAGCAGCAUCUUCAAGAGAAACUUAUCAACUGCAUCUUGUCUUAAUUUGAAUCAGUGUCUGGCUUGGCUUGAUUAGUUGGUGAAACUUCACGGAUAUUUGCCAUGUUGUACAACGGCAGCUAAAUCGUCUUAUAUAUAAACGCAUCCGCAUUUUCCAUCGUUUGUUAACAGCUGAGCGGUAUAUGCUCGUUGUAUCAGAAGUCCUGUUUCUUAACCGUAUUUGGUUUCGGUUUUUUAUCUUUGAAAAUAUAUCACUCAACCAGAAAUUGUGGUCUUCUAUAUGGUUAAACCAAAAUUUCGCCAUAUUCGCGUUGAACAUGCCAACAAUCACAAGAUGAUGGGUGGCAAUUUCCAUGACCUUUACCAUCCCGCUCCGCUGCGCUGGGAAUGGAUCAACAAAUACUUCAGGCUGGUGUGUCUGCUGGUGAUUGUCCUACUGGAUACGGUAAUGACAGCCUCCCACGUGAAUGGGAUUAAGCGGGAUACCGUACAGCAGCCCUACUGCUGGAGCGAGUACGAGGAUGUGGCCAGUCGCGCCUACAUUGCGCCGGUCGUGGUUAAGGCCUGGUGUACGGUAGUGUAUUCCCGCAGUCAUCACCCGCACUUCAAUGCCACCUUUCACGUCAGUAAGAUCCUCAAGGGCGGUCCCCAUAUCGGCAAAUAUCUGGAAGAGAAUCCCAGGAUACAGUUGCAUUUCGGGAUGCCGUCCGUGUGGACGCAGUUGCCGGUGACCGCGGCUGAGAUCCAACAAGAAUCACUGUUGCGCAAUCAAGUGUGCUCCAUUGCUAGAGUGGAUGUACAGAAAGAAUAUCUGCUGUUUUUACAACCACACAACGGCCUGGAUGAGAGCGGCCUGGCCACAAAUGAUGGAGGAGAGGAUAUGCAAAUGGAAUCAAACAGUCUGCCCAUUACACCGUCACCGGCUAUUUCAUGGAGCAUUUACGCCGCACCCGAAAUCGUCACUGAGACGGCACUGACAAAUGCUCAUAAAGUUUUAAGGAGAGCCAAACCGCCCGUUGUUGCCAAACUCCGUCCCUUGAAUAUAACCGAAGGCGCAGAAUUGGCUCUUCAUUGUCGGACCAAAGGAUUUCCCCACCCCAGAGUGCUAUGGUACAAAGACGGCAUCGCUAUCCAACACCGCCAGCGGAAAUCGUUAGCGAUACGUAAUCACAGGCGAAUUCACCGUUUGCGGAUUAAAAAAUCCACUGUAGAAGACGCUGGAAAGUAUCGCUGUGUGGCUGUUAAUGUGCUGGGAGCUGCUGAGUCGGAAACGACUGUUACGAUAAUGUCCGCUCCGGACUCAGAUCACUGGAUUGUCAAGGGUGUUCCAUGCCCUGAGCGACACUUUUGCCUUAACGGGGGAUCUUGUACAUUUUAUCCUCGAAUCAAUGCCAGAUCCUGCAAUUGCACCGUCGGUUUUGAGGGCGCGCGGUGCGAAUUAAAGGGUGGAUUUACGAUGGAAUUAAAAGAACGAUCAGCCGGGGCCGGAGCUUUAGAAGUGUGUGCCUAUCUUACCGUAAUCACCAAUCUUCUCUGUAUUAUUCUCCUCCUCAUUUUACUCUGCUUCGCCUAUCGAUAUUUACAAACAACGAAAAAGGAUGUGCCUCGAAAUAAUGCUUCAGAACGAUCGAGAAAUCCAGACAGAACAGCUGCUGCAACGCCGUCCAAUGGUUCAGAAAGUUUUUGCACACAAUGUCAGUCUGUCACCGAAUCCAGCAGGACCAGUACGAUCCAUCAGACUCAGGCUGAUGAGCGACAGACUUUGCUGACCGUUCACACGGAAAAGCACACUUCGCGAUCGGGACCGUCACGACCAGUCCGCCCGCACCGGAAUUCCCAGUUCGACAUUCCGGCCCGCAACGGGAGUACCGUGGCCACAUGCAAUCAUCAGCAUGUUAACCACACAUCCGCUGAUCGCAGCAUCCCGCGGUCGGCCGACGGUCAACGCUGGGUCUGGCCACCAGCCGAUCCUACAAAGGUCACCACCACCUCCACCUCCCUGGUUCCGCCGGAAACGCUGGUCGCCAUGCAGAUUGAUCAGUGUGUACAGCGGCGCGUCUCGGUAGCGGAAGUCAGGACGGCAUGAAUUAUGGAAAGAGGCAAAAACUGCUGAAAUGGAAACCGCUAUGUUUCGUUCUCUUCAUACUCCGUCCCGCGUUCAUCUGUCAUUGUCUGCCGAGAAGGAACUGUUUGCGAGCGGCACGGCCACCGUUUUUGGUACCAAAUUCCCGGUGAAUAUGGAUAUGUAGCUGACAAUCAAAGCAAUAGCACAAGUUAUUUAUAUUUAACCAGAAAAGAUUUGUGGAGUUGUUAAGAUGUUUUUCGCGUUCUUCUCUGUUCUUUUUGCAUUAUGGAUCUCUUUCUCAAUGUCCAUGACAGCAUUGAUGGUGUUUGCAUUAUUGUAAAAUUUAUGCACUCGGGUGUACAAUACAAAAACGCCGCCGACACAAUGAAAUUCGGCUAUGCAUUUAUGCAUUUUGUGAACGGUACAUGAAUAAAA